GACUCAGACCUCGAGCUAGACCCCCGCCACCAUGUACAAGUUUGUUGUUCUCGCCGCUGCCCUGGCUGCCGCCAACGGCGCUUACCUGUCUGGCCCUGCCUACGCACCUGCCGCAUACGCCGCCCCCGCCUACGCUCAUGCCCCCGCCUACGCUCACGCUCCCGCCGCCGUCACCUCAUCCUCCGCCAACAUCCUGAGGUCUCACGGUAACCUGGGACAGGUCUCCACCUUCACCAAGACCGUCGACACCCCCUACUCCAGCGUCAGCAAGUCCGACGUCCGUGUGAGCAACCCCGGAUACGCCACCUACGCCGCCCCCGCCUACCACGCACCUGCUGCCUACGCCGCCCCCGCCUACCACGCUCCCGCCGUCGUCGCCGCCCCUGCCUACCACGCCCCUGCUGCUUACGCCGCCCCCGCUUACCACGCUCCUGCUGCCUACGCCGCCCCCGCCGUCGCUCACGGAGGUCUCCUCGGAGUCGCUUACUCCCCUGCCAGCGCUGUCGCUCAUCUGUCCUUUGAUGGAUACGGUGUGCAUUAUGGCUACUAAGCAGCCUCCCUAUACCCUCCCCUACACUUCCUCACUCCCAUCUCGUCCACCUGUCCCCACAAACAACCAUCUCAACGUGCCAUUUCAGAUUCACAUACCUGCUCCAUAUAGAAUUAAGGUUAUUUAAAUAUAUUUUUACGUUAAA